CCAAGCAUUGGAGGCGUCGCGCAACCUCGAUCCCUCGUCUUCCGCGAAUGCAAGAGACAAAGGGAAAGCUAUAGCAUCAAGGGAGAACGUCUUUGGGGAAGAUGGCGAAGACUCAAGAAGGAUGUUUGAGUAUGGUUCAGGAUCGGGAGCUGCUCGAUCUCCACCAAACCCUACUCUUGCUCUAGAGAACGUUGUCAUCUCGAACGAACCCUCUACUCCUGUGGCAAUGGAUGUCGAUGAAGGGAAUUUGGUUGACGAUGGAGAGGAAAAUCUCUUUGGAGAAGAAGUGGUCCCCUUUGAUUGGGAGGAUAUCGCUGAUGAUAUAGCCGCAGAGGAGCUCGCGAACGAACUCGUUGGGGAAAACUUGGAGGGUGACACUGAUGAGGCAAUUGUUGAAGCAGACACAGCAGGGAAAGUAAUCGCUGAUGGAACCGGUGUGGAAGCUGGGGAAGUGGAGUUCACGGAAGAAGACCUCCGCCUGAUGGAGGAAUGCGAGCGCAAGCUGAUGGAGGAUGACCUUCUGGAGAAUGAUGACUUACUUGGAGAGGAGCUUGACGACGAGAUAGCAGAUGUCAGCCAGGAACGAACCAUCUCUGAGACCCCUAUUCCAGUUACCCGUGCAUCUCGAGCAACUCCCGCCUCGUCGCAGUCACCAACGAGUCGGAGAACCCGGUCUCACAAGUCUUCAAAAACAUCUCACCUCGCUGGUGAAGACAUCUCGAAGAUGAAUGGGAAUCCCCCAAACACUGGUUCAAGAAAGCUUGUGGAACCUAAGAGACGAAUCCCGCGCAGUCCCAAGGGAGUAGGAGUGGCGAUCUCUAGGAAGUUGAAGCCGUUCAAGAGCAGAACCUCCCCAAUGAAGAAAUCUGGGCCAACCCUCGGUUCUGCAAAGGGUUUGGUGGGGUCCUAGAACCCACCCAAGCCAACUAAAUGAAGACCAUAGCGUGGAACUGUCAAGGGGUGGGGUCAAAACCAACAUCCCGGCGACUGGAAGAGAUGUGUAGGAGAUUCUCUCCAGGUUUCGUUUUCCUUUCAGAGACAAAGAAUGACCGUUUUUUUCUGCAAAAAUUUGCAAGUAACUCUUGGUUUUGAUAAUCUCCAUACUGUUGAACCUGUGGGUUUUAGUGGGGGUUUAACUCUUAUGUAUUCGAAUGACUUUCCGGUUAAGUUUCUAUGUUCGGAUGAUCGUUUAAUUGACAUUGAGACUAUUAUUGAUGGUAACCGUGUGUUUAUGACCUUUCUUUAUGGUGAUCCGGUUGUUAAAAACCGUGAAUAUGUUUGGGAAAGAUUGAAUCGGAUUAGUACUGAUCGUUUAGAUGCUUGGUUUAUUGUUGGCGAUUUUAACGAAAUCACAAGUAACCUCGAAAAAUCUGGAGGCAAACGUCGAUCUGAAUCUACUUUCCUUCCUUUUAGAGCCAUGAUAAACUGUUGUGGCUUUAUUGAUCUCCCUUUUAAGGGGAACCCUCUCUCCUGGACUGGACGCCGGCGAAGUGGCCUUAUCCGAUGCAGGCUGGAUCGAGCUAUGGGGAACGAAGACUAGCACAAUAUCUUCCCACACUCCCAGGUGGAAUAUUUGAAGAUGUGGGCUUCAGAUCACCGACCUCUCAUUGUUUUUAUUCAGAAGAAACCUUCGCAGCAAAAGAGGAGCUUUAUAUUUGAUAGGAGAUGGCUUGAUAAGCCCGGUCUACAAGACGCUGUGUCCGAAGGAUGGUACGUUUUCGCUCAGCCACAGAACAUCCCUCUCGUCCGCCGCAUCCAGAACUGUAGGAAGCAUAUCUCCGCUUGGAAGCAGAACACAAAGACAAACUCGGAAAAACUCAUCUUGGAACUUCAAGAUCAGAUUGAUCAGGCGAAUAACGAUGAUAAUGUCCCCAUCGAAGUACUUCAAGACCUGAAACACAAACUGCCUGUAGCCUACUCUGAGGAAGAAUUAUAUUGGAAAGCAAAGAGUAGAGCUCUUUGGCUCAAGGACGGGGAUAGAAACACAAAGUUUUUCCAUGCCACAACUAAGCAAAGAAGGGCACGGAAUCGUAUUGUAGGUCUCCUUGAUAAAAAUGGUACUUGGGUGGAUAACGAAGACGGAGUUGAGAAAAUAGCAAUUGAGUAUUUCCAGAACCUUUUUUCAUCAGCUCCGUCACCUAAUAUUUCUACUGCCCUCCAAGAUGUUCCUGUGACGGUUUCCGCUGCUAUGAACGAGUCCUUGACGAAAGAGGUUUCCGUCGAUGAAAUCCGGCGUGCUUUAUUCUCGAUGAACCCCGAUAAAUCACCAGGCCCUGAUGGCAUGACGGCUUUAUUCUUCCAGAAAUUCUGGGACAUUGUUAAGGACGGGCUAGUAAAGACGAUUCGUGAUUUCUUUCAGACUGGCAGACUAAAUGAGACAAACAUUUGCCUUAUCCCGAAGGGAGAGAAACCGCGAGAGAUAGCCGGAUUCAGGCCCAUUAGCCUCUGUAAUGUGGCCUAUAAGGUGAUCUCUAAGAUCUUAAGCACCCGCCUUAAGAAAUUCCUUCCGGAAUUAAUUUCCGACACCCAAUCGGCCUUUGUAGCUGGCCGUCUCAUUACAGACAACAUUCUCAUCGCCCAAGAGAACUUCCAUGCCCUUAGAUCGAA